GAGUCCUCAGCCUCCCCGACUUUCUUCUCAAACUCUCCCUAAAUCUGUCACAGAAUCAAGUGUUCCGCCCUCUGGAGCUCGUUUCUCUCUUCCUCAUUUUCUCUACCCUUUUCUACGAGUGCUCUAGGGAUCACUCGCAGAGACGGCCUUUUGAGAAGUAUCGAGUAGUGGACCAGAGCCGGGGAGUUUUUAAAAGUCGGAGGUUGGAAAAACAGAAGGUACGAUGGCUUCCUCAUCUGGUAACGAUGAUGAUCUCACUAUCCCCAGAGCUGCUAUCAAUAAGAUGAUCAAAGAGACUCUUCCCAAUGUCCGGGUGGCCAACGAUGCCCGAGAGCUGGUGGUGAACUGCUGCACUGAAUUCAUUCAUCUUGUAUCUUCGGAAGCCAAUGAGAUUUGCAACAAAUCAGAAAAGAAGACGAUCUCACCAGAGCACGUCAUACAGGCACUAGAAAGCUUGGGCUUUGGCUCUUAUAUCAGCGAAGUAAAAGAAGUCUUACAAGAAUGCAAGACGGUAGCGUUAAAAAGAAGAAAGGCCAGUUCUCGUUUGGAAAACCUUGGCAUUCCUGAAGAAGAGUUAUUGAGACAGCAACAGGAAUUAUUUGCAAAAGCUAGACAACAACAAGCAGAAUUGGCCCAACAGGAAUGGCUUCAAAUGCAGCAAGCUGCCCAACAAGCCCAGCUUGCUGCUGCCUCAGCUAGUGCAACUAAUCAGGCAGGAUCUUCUCAAGAUGAAGAAGAUGAUGAUGAUAUCUGAAAUUCACCAGUUGAGUUUCUGUUUUCUCUAUAGAUGUUUCUUCUUGCACAACAAAACAGUGAUGGAAAUGCUUAUCUGUAAUUUUGUAUGCAUCUUGGUGGACUUACCAUUGGUAUUCUAGGGAUGUCUGCUGUUAAGUUUCAUCUAUUGUGUGCUAUACAUGUAAAAACUGUCUCUUUGAACUAUUGAAAAUUUAAGGUUCAGUAUAAUAUCAAUUUUGAAUUUUUAAUGGUGUUUAUGAAAUUUUAGAUAGCAGUGAGGCCUUUAUUUGAUCAAUAAACAGUGUUACAGAAAAACUUCAAGUUUAUAAAAAUACAGUGAAAUUUAUACAAAAGCUCUUAAUGUGCAUUUACAGUUCCUCUGCCCUUUUAACUAAACUAAAAUUGGGAAUUUUAAAUUGAGGUGUGGUGUGGUAUGAGGCAGAAUACAUUGGAUCAGGUUGGUUAAAGAGUUCAGUUCUAUAGUAUCUGAAUUUUUUUGUCUUUUAGAAAGAGUAUAUAUACAGGCAAUAAAUAUAUAUAUACUCAGAUACAUAUACUUGUUUAGAGAAAUUUCAAAAUAAGACAUUGAAAAACUAGGAAAGAGUGUGCUCAGUAAUAGUUGUAUAAAUUUGGUGAGUUAUUUUUUUAUUUUGUUUUGUGUAGAGGUAAAAACUAGUUUUAUUACAACAUAAUUUAUCUUGAGCUAUGCUAUUACAUUUCAAAGACUGCCCAAUUUUGAGGACUGUUGUGAUUCUAUUUCACUCCAGUUCAAUAACUGUCAAUAGUACUACUUGCUUAGUCCAUCCAUGUUUAUAUUAUUCAAAUAUAUAGUUGGGACUUGUUGAACAGUUGCUUGGGUUCCAUUGAUUUAACUGAGGUUUAUAAAUAUUCAGACCUUUACUAGGGAAAAGAAAGGCAAUGAGCAUGCUUGCUAUGAAAAAGGGCCCCCCCUUUUUUUUUUCAAAUUUAACUUGUAGCUGUAGUUUACUUGUUUGCUUUUAGCAUUAAUUUACAUUUUCUUGACUAGAUGGCCUAGAGUCUACUGCUACCUUUAGAAAUGGCAUCAUUGUCUCCAUCAUAAUUGAAUGAUAGCUUUAAAAAAAAAGGUUUGGUUUUGUUUAGGAAAGUGUGUCAUAAUCUACACCCCUAUAUGAAACAAAUAGUUUCAACCUGCUUUUUAAAAGGGAAAAGCUUUAAUUUGGUUCCAAUAAAUAAAGUACAGUAGUGAUUGUUACAGGAAUCUAGUGUAUGGAGAAAUUGCAUAUAGUUUGUAUUUUGGGAACAGACAAUAAAAGCCAAUUAAGAUAAUAUGAAGUAAUUAAAUUCCUAGUCAAUUGCCAAAUCCUUUCAAUUUCUAUAUUCACCAAGCCCCAAAAUAGAUCAUAGUUGCAAGGAUUCCAAUUUUAAUUGAAGAGCGAGCUAAGUAAGUAAAGUUUAUAAGUAUUAGGUUUGUUAAUGAUUAUAUUUUGCAGUUUUAAAAAAGGGAAAUAGUGUUAUAUAUUUAUCAAAUAUACUUCACCCACAUAACGAGAAGGUUAGUAAUUUUGAUGAAUGUUUUAAGUUGAAGUUACUUCAUGGAUAUUUUACCCAUGAAGUGUAUUUGGACAGAAUGAAAAGAAUUGUGUUUUAAAAGUUUAAGUACCAAAGGUAGUCUAGUCUAGAGAAAUAAUAAGUGUUGGCUUUACUAAUUUGUACUGUAACAUCCUUAUACUUCUAUUUUAUGUGUAUCUAUUUCUCAAGGAAAUAACUUAGGUAUUUUUCCAUACCUUUUUAUUUCUGAUGCAGAGUUCAGGUUAAUAUUUUGCUGCAUCUGAUAAUGUAUUAUAUGUUUGAAGCCUAGUGACUUUUCAUUUUGACAUUCUUGUGAUUUCAUAUGCUGUAUUCUUCAAGCAAUAAAAUUCUGAUGUGUUUUAUAAA